GUACCAUAAGCACGAUUGCAAGUAAACUAGAAUUAAAAUCGAAAGUAAACUCCAAAAUAUAUAUAACUACAUUCUUUCAGUUUCGAAAGUAUCAGGAAACGCAUCACUUCCCUAUAUAUGCUGCACCGAAGUCGGUCAUAUUUUUGACAAUUUUAUAUAAUUACUCGUUACAGAUUAUAGAUCAUCAUCAACUCCAGCAGAAUGGCCCUAUCUGACGUUACUGCUUAUAUAGUUCAGCCGGAGAUCCAUGGACAGCUGUUUGGGACGGGACCGAAGCCGCCCGUGGACCGGACCAGCCAUUUCGCGUUCGGGACCAAAACUCAAGAAUUUGCCGUGCCCGUGGGAACUGAUCCUUCAGCGUUUCUGAAAUCCUGCAGCAGUGAAGGGGGGGUAUCCAUUGAUAUGAGUCAUGGUACCACUACGCUGGCUUUUAAGUUCCGCCAUGGUGUGAUCGUUGCUGUGGACUCCAGGGCUUCGGCUGGAAGCUAUAUUGCUUCGAAGGAGGCCAACAAGGUGAUCGAGAUCAACCCUUACCUGCUGGGCACCAUGUCAGGCAGUGCUGCUGACUGCCAGUACUGGGAAAGACUGCUGGCCAAAGAGUGCAGACUUUACAAGCUGCGGAACAAAGAGCGAAUCUCGGUCUCUGCUGCCUCCAAGCUGCUGUCCAACAUGAUGUGUGCAUACAAGGGCAUGGGCCUCUCCGUGGGCAGCAUGAUCUGCGGCUGGGACAAGAAGGGUCCUGGCUUGUACUACGUCGAUGACAACGGCACACGGAUGUCUGGCCGCAUGUUCUCCACGGGCUGUGGGAACAGUUACGCUUAUGGGGUGGUGGACAGUGGCUACAGGGAAGAUCUGACCGUGGAGGAGGCGUAUGAGCUGGGCCGCCGCGGAAUCGCCCAUGCUACACACAGGGACGCCUACUCUGGAGGAGUGGUCAAUUUGUAUCACAUGCAGGAGGACGGCUGGAUCAAGGUGUGUAAAGAAGACGUGUCAGAGCUGAUUCACAAGUACAGGAAAGGCAUGUUUUAAUCCCCUGGUCUGUCUCAGCACUUCCAUACGAUACACUAUUGUUACUUUGCAAGUCUGUCUGAUGUGAUUCCAAAUAAAGACUUGAUUUCAAACAGUA